CCGGCUUCCUCGCCGUCAAGCGAGGACUGCGGUCGCCAAGGCGCCGUCAAGCGGACUCUGUCGUGAGGCAGGCCGAGAUGCAUCCAGAGCUUUUGUGACCGGGGACUACUCUGAAGCAGGCCUUGUGGAUGAUGUAUCUGACUUGUCAUUUUCUGAGAUGCUGACACUUCAAAAUUGGCUAUCAUUUUAUGAGAAGAAUUAUGAAUUUGUUGGAAAGGUGAUAGGAAGAUUCUAUGGAGAGGACGGGCUACCCACCCCAGAACUGACCCAGGUAGAAGCCAUGAUCACCAAAGGCUUGGAAGCAAACAAACAGGAACUGAAAGAGAAGCAGAAGUUCCCACCGUGCAAUGCGGAGUGGAGCGCAGCACGGGGCAGCCGGGUCUGGUGUUCCCAGACGAGUGGAGGUGUUAGCAGAGACUGGAUUGGUGUCCCCAGGAAGCUGUAUAAGCCAGGCGCCAAGGAGCCCCACUGUGUGUGUGUGAGAACCACCGGCCCCCCUAGUGACCUGGCGUCGGACGACCCUACACACAGAAAUCGUGGGGACUUGGACCACCCCAGCUUGGAGGAAUAUACAGGUUGCCCACCUCUGGCCAUCACAUGCUCCUUCCCAUAACCCACAUAGAAGCCUAAUGGACCCUUGACUCACAUGCCCUAGGAUGGCUCCUGACAUCAAACAAGAGGGCCUGGAAGGACUCUGGCCUCUGCAAAUGUGACCCAUGACCCCUCACCAUGGGUUCACCAUUCUGGGGACUGAGGCCAGUACUCGGCAACCUGCCUAAUACUGGUCAGCCAGUUUUUGCCACUAUUCCCCUAGACCUAUUUGCCGUCCUCCUUCAGAGCCCUCAAAUAUUAAUGGGCACACACGUGACCAACUCAAAAUUAACUGGACAAAGGGCUCUGAGCUCCAAAAACCUCCUUCCCAUGGACUCUCAGGCUGCCCAGAUCAGCUGCUGGCCCGGUCGGGGGCACUGCCAAAAAGGGACCACCUCACUCUCUUACAGCUUGGAAACAAGCAGGUGCAUCCAGAAAAGACACGAGACCAAGAAGAGCAGCAUGACUCUUCCAGGUUCCCUGAUGGCGAAACUUGUCACCCGACUUUUAUGACCUUUCUUACAUGGAAGACCUCUUCCCUAAUUUACAACCAAAAGCCGCAUUUAGUGGAUAGGAACUGGGCCAAUUCAGUGAGAGGAGACAAUACAAGAGUAGACUAAUUCUGGAAAUUGGAAAAGCUUUUGCUUAUAUAGAUGCAAGAAAUCCAGAUGCCUCUUUAAAUUUAAAGCAAGGAUAUUGUUUCUCUUUCGAACACUGAAAAGUAGGUGUGGUGUGUUUUCAGAGAGAGAAUUCUGCAUUUUUGGCAAAAGGUAGUUUCAGAGCUCUAACAAGGGUAACUGGCUAGCGCAACGUCAAAGUUUGCCCAAGGCUGCAAAUGCCAGUAUAAACAGCCUCAAUUUGACAGUGGCUGGGCAUGCAACUCUUCCAGUGGGUUGUGUCCAAGGUCAUUGUACUCUACACUUGACAUAUUUCAUACCCAUUACCUCCUGGAUUCUUGUUAAGCAGAGGGGGGCAAGGAGUGUUUCUACUUUGCAGAUAAGGCAGUGAAGCCUGGGGUAUUACAGACGCAUGGUCUUUCCUCAUUUGAGCCUUCUGUCAACUCCUUUCUCAACCCCCUCAACUCUUUUUUUGUUGUUGUUAAUCUUCACCUGGGGAUAUUUUUUCAUUGAUUUUUAGAGAGAGUGAAAGGGGGGAGGGAGGAGAGAGAAACACAGAUGUGAAAGAGACACACAGAUUGGCUGCCCUCUGCACAUGCCUUAACUGGGGCCAGGACCAAGCCUGCAACCCAGGUUCGUGUCCUUGACUGGGAAUCGAACCCAAGGCCCUUCAGUUCACAGGCUAGUGCUCUAACUACUGAGCCAAACCGGCCAGGACUCAACUCUUAAACAUUCUCUGUUCUUUUGUCUCCUUUAUCAUUGUUCUCACUAAAUAGCUUUCCAGAUUCAGUGACUAGAAAAUGGAAGCUGCCUCCCCUACAUGAGCAGUCUGUGGUUCACUGCUUUUGUGGCCACACCUGUCGCUUCUACCGGACUCUGCUCUUGACUCCUUCUGCCACCCCAGGAUCUUCCUCACCUGCCCUUCCUGUACCUUUAACCUCUCCCUGCCUCCUGGCUCUAAGUCCGCAUGAAACAGCUUAAUUCCCUCACGUCAUGAAUAAAGCACUCCCUCCAUACAUUCUUCUGCAGCGCCUUAUCUAUUCCCGUCAUAGAUAGGAUUUCUGGGAAAGCCGCAGGUACCCACUCUGCUCCUCAGCCACCAUGUGCCCGGCUUCUGCCCUUCCCUGAUCAACAGCAGGACAAAUCUGCAUCGGCCAAUCCCAUGGCCCGGUUCCUUGAAAGCCUCCCUCCUGCGUGAGCCCCUUCCCACUAACUCUUCUCACUCCUGCUUCAGCGACCAUGCAUCUAGUCUGGACGCCUUUCCUGAGCAGAUGUGUAGGCACCAUGCAUCUAGUCUGGAUGCCUUUCCUGAGCAGUUCUGUAGGCACCAUGCAUCUAGUCUGGAUGCCUUUCCUGACCAGUUCUGUAGGCACCACUCUGCGUUUCUGGCAUUCAGUCUUCAUCUUUUCCCUGAUUCUUCUGGUUCCCCCUGAUGAUGGUUCCACCGUCACCGUCUAAACCCAGUCACACCAAGUAAGGAUCCUGGCGGUCAUCCACACAUCCUGCCUCUGCUGCUCCCCUCCUCCCAACCCAUCGCCGCGUCCGGGCACCCGUACCUCUUCAGCUCCCCCUCCUUCCCUCUUACCCAUUCCGAUGCUCUCCUCUGCUUCAGGCUGUCCUCCCUCCCUCCGGCCCACCCUCCCCACUGCUGCGAGUCAUCCUUGAUGACCAGGGUGUUCCCCAUUUGAACCUCUUCAGUGGUCGUCGUAUCUAUGAGGAUCAAGUGCUGACUUCAGCAGCGUGGCACACAAGGCUCUUCUAUGGUCUGUCUCCUCCGGCCUGUAUUUCUCCCACCCCCCACAUCCACGUUGCCUCCAGCCUCCACCUCACUGCAUUGUGCCUACGGUGCCUUCACCCAGGUUGUCCCUUCUGCCUGGAAUGGUACCUCUUCCUCCACUCAAUUUGUCCCCCGCUUCUCUCUUCAGAACUCAGCUCAAUUACUUCUUGGGAGCCUUCAUUAACCAUUGGCCCACCAGUUGGACUUAACAAAUAUUUUUUAAUUGAUUUCAGACUGAGGAAGGGAGAGGGGGAGAGAGGGAAACAUCAAUGAUGAGAG